CUAGCUAUUUCCUGCUCUGAUGAGGUCCUGUUUGACUUGGUCCCCAAAAAACAAAUGUAGUGCGGGUCCUCUUUCCGAUCCUAACCGUGGAGACCGACUUGCAAAUAUAUACAUUCUGCAUUGGCUGAGUCACACCUCGGAGCUCCGUACAUAGACAGCUUACACAAAACUACAAAAACGCAUCCUGUCUAACAUCAUACGAAAACAUUCUUGAAAGUUGAUUGUCGACAGCUACUGGCGCAGUUGAUUGCCGGAAUGGAAAAGGGUUUCUCCCGCUUAUCUUAUCUGGCCGGCUGUCUCCCUCCUUCCUUCUGGUUUCCACCGCCAUCAUGUUACAACACAACACACAACACAGCACAACACAAUGCCCAAGCCGAUGGACAACUUCCUCCAAGUCGUUCAAGAUUGCGACAACUUUCCCUACCCGGAAGACCCCGUCUACGAUAACCGCACAAGCACGCUGUGGAAGUUCUGCCUCCCCGACGAUGACCGACCCCACGGACUCCUGACCGACGAAAUCGUCCACACCAUGCCCUGGACGCCCGACUUCGACAUCAUAACCGAGCCGGAGAAGCUAGUCCGCCUGCGCCGUCCCGCGGGGCCGGACUGGCAGGCCCAGUGCACUCAGGUCCUGGCGCACCAGAUGAACCGUGCCCGCGAACUCGGGGUCUUCCCCGAGCUCGGUCGAACCCGCGGGGAGAUGUUUCCCAUCGUGGGGGCUCGGUUCCCGGUCGCCAUUGAUCGCAGCGAGUUCUCCAUGUGGGGGAUCAUUGGGCAGGGGGUGCACAUGACGGUAUACACGCGUACGGUCGCAGGGUACCAGUUCUGGAUCCCGCAGCGCAACCCCAACAAGAAAACCUACCCGGGGCUCCUGGAUAACGCGGUCGCGGGCGGGAUGGCUAUCGGAGAGACGCCGUGGCAGUGUCUGGUCCGCGAGGCUGAGGAAGAAGCGGGCAUGACGGCGGCCCGGGUGCAGUCGGACGCUCGCGCGGCGGGGACCGUGACCUGGAUGAAUGUUAGUGAUGUACGCGCCUCGGGACCGGUAGGACUCAUCAAUCCCGGGGUGCUUUUCGUGUAUGAUAUGGAGAUGGGAGAGGAAGAGGUUUUGCGACCGGUGGACCAGGAUAUUUGGCAGUUCCAUCGCAUGGGGGUGGACUCGGUGAAACAGGCGCUGCUGGAUGGGCGGUUUAAACCUAGCAGUGGUGCUGUCAUGCUGGACUUUCUGAUUCGUCAUGGACUACUCACUGCUGAACAGGAGCCUGACUAUGCGGAGAUCGUGGCCAGGCUGCACCGCAAGCUGCCUUUGCCGUGUGGUCCAUAGAGUAGGUACUACUGGAGAAACAAAGGACCACGUGACGUCCCUACCUGUCACUCUCAUCGAUCUCGAUGUGAUUUGUUUCCACGGUUCCAGUUUUACUGUCGACUUCCCUCUCGAGAGUGCGUCAUGCCCCGCCAAUAUCGAAUCAGAGUCGGAUGUACCCGACUCCGCCAGUACAAUGCAAUUACCUGACAAGC